AAGUAAGAAAAAGAAAAAAAGAAAAAUCAAAACAAAGAAAAGAAAAGUUCUCACAACUGACGCGUGCACCAACAUUCAACAACUGCACUCUGCAGGCACUCUUCUCUUCUCUCUUCCAUUUUGCUUCUAACACAGAUCUCUCUCUCCAAUUCUUCAUCUUGAUUUGGUGAAGUAGAAGAAAAAGUUGGGUGGUGUGUGAUUAUGAAUUGAAGUGUAAUUGGGUGAAGAAAUGAACGUGAGCCAUGCUUCAAUUCACCCAGUUGAAGAAGUUCCAACUACUGAUGGUGGUGUUGCUGUUGCUGAACAAAACGUGAAUGUUCCUAUGGUGAGGAUGAAGGAUAUUCAAGGCAUGCCUGGUACUAUUGGUGGCCUUGCUUUGCGUGUUUCACAGUUUGUUUUUGCGGCUGCUGCGCUAUCUGUUAUGGCUUCCACCAGUGAUUUUCCUUCUGUCACUGCCUUCUGUUUCCUUGUUGCGGCUGCUGGCUUGCAGACUUUGUGGAGCAUUGCAUUAGCUAUUACUGAUGUUUAUGCCAUUUUAGUAAGACGAUCUUUGCAGAACUACCGACUUGUCAGUUCAUUUACAAUUGGCGAUGGGGUGACUUCGACGCUUAUAUUUGCAGCAGCUUGUGCAUCAGCAGGCAUAACAGUGCUCAUUGAUAAUGAUCUUGGUAAUUGCAAUGAGAACCACUGUGUUCAGUUUGAAACGGCUACAGGCAUGGCAUUCAUAUGCUGGUUCACAACAGUGCCGUCAUUUCUUCUUAACUUCUGGUCUUUGGCAUCGAGGUAAUUAAAAACAGUGUCACACACAUGGCAACAGAAACAAGGGCAGGUGGUUUAUAAAGUUUGUUUUGGUAUCAGGUUUGUGACUGUUGUUUGAAGUUUGUUAAGCUUGGUAUCAUAUGUUAGUAGUAGAACCAAAUGGUGUCAUUCAUGUACUCUUUCCUUGAUCAAACAAGAUAUCUGAAUUGGGAUUUUGGAAUGUGUUAUGGUUUAAUUCACAUUUGGUGGUAGAAUGAUUAAACACGACUUACAAUAUAGUUAUGUGCAUUAUUCCAUUCUAUUGGCCGUUUCACUUCAAUAUAUAUACUAUAUUGCUCCUAA